AUGAAAUUCAUUACUUCAAUUACUUUAAUUGUUUCUGCUGCUUUAACUUCUGCUGCUGCUAUUGAAAAAAGAGAAGCUGGUGGUUAUGAUGAUUAUAAACCAACAAAAACUUAUGAUAACAAUUAUGAUGGAGGAUAUAUUACUACAUUUCCAAGUGCUUUUGCAUUAGCCGUUAAGGAAUAUUGUGAUAAUGAUAAAUAUCAUGGUAAACAUAAAGGUUAUGAUACUGAUUUAGAUUUAGUUUAUGAAAUUGAUGAUGGUCAAUUAAUUUAUGAUGAUUGUCAUAAAUACAAACCUUAUCCAAUCGAUACUGAUUGUGAAACAGAUUGUGAAGAUAAUGAUCAUAAAAAGAAAAAACAUCAUCGUAGACCAAAUCCAAUUGAUAUUGAUGCUGAUUGUGACACAGAUUGUGAAACAGAUUGUGAAGAUAAAGAUCAUAAAAAGAAAAAACAUCAAUGGAAAGUUAGAAGUUAUGAAAAUGAUGAUUAUGAAACUGAUAAUGAAGAUUAUGAACCAUUUAGAGCUUUUAAACAUCCAUUUUUAAAAAUUAGAAAAAAUCAACAUGAUACUUUCUUCAAAUUAAGAAAAACUGUUUUAAAGACUUUAUUUUCCAAAAAAAUUGUUGAAAUUGUUGCUAAUCAUCAAUUACAAGCUGACUUCCCUGUCCAACCAGAUGCAUUAUUUACUAAAGGUUUUUCAAUUGUUUACAAACAUGGUGACUGGGUUUUAGCUUUAAAUAAAUCAACUAAAUUUUACAAUUCAGCAAUUAAUCCACAAAAAUCAGCUUUCAAAAUUUACGAUGCACCAAUUACUAAUGAAUCAAAAGCAAUUGAAUUAGUUAUCAUUGUCAUUUAUUAA